AUGGAGGACGGACUUGAGUCAGAGCUCAUAUGCUCGAUAUGCUCCAGCAUAUUCUACCAGCCAUUAGCCCUCCUCGACUGCCUACAUACCUUUUGCGGGUCAUGCGUGAAGACAUGGUUUGAGCAUCAGGGCCAACAGGCCCAAUCCCGAAACAUCCUUCCUGCUUUCACCUGUCCGAUGUGUCGCGAAGAGGUCAGAGGUACCACUCAACAUGCCAGAGUUUCCAGUUUGAUCGACUAUUUUCUCGCUCAGCACCCCGAAAAGGCGAGAUCGGACCAGGACAAGCAGGAAGCCGACGACAUCUAUCACCCCGGCGACCAAGUUAUUCCCAUCGUUACCCUACCUGCUCCAGAGCAAGGCCGUCGAGCUAGAGGAAACAGGCGGUUAGCACGGAGUAUGCGCACUAUGAGCCCCCACGAAGUAGAUUCAGGGCAGUCUAGUUCCUCUGGUGACUUUGAUGACGACGAAAGCGAUUCGGGUACAGAGAUAGACUUUCACAAUGAGCCAUACCAUAUUUUCUCUACCUUUCGGCAGAGUAGACGGACAAUCAGUGAUGACACAAGCAAUGAGGACACGAGCAGUGAGGACACUAGCAAGCCAGUACACAAGAAGUUCGGAGCGCUCAUCAGGAGAUUCCAGUCUGGCAUCCACUACGGGGGCGCUCGUUCGCACGCGGCCACGCCAGCACUCAAGAGCGGUGCAAAGGGCGAGAAGCUCGACGCCUCGUAG